AUGAUGGCAGCAUUCGCGCAAUACACUCUGUCAACAGGGUGGUACUUUAAAGAUAGGGAUGACCUUGCUUCAGACGCAUGGAUGCCAGUUCCCGUCGUUCCGUCUGUCGUUCACCAGGACCUACAGGCGAAUGGAAAGCUGGAGAACCCAUACGUGGGGUUCAAUGAACUAGACGCACGAUGGGUCAACGACAAGUCAUGGACAUACCGCAAGAUACUGCAAAGGCCAACUGUCCUGGCAGGAUCGAGGAUUGUCCUGGCAUUCGAUGGCCUUGAUACAUUUGCCAAAGUCAAACUUGAUAACAAUGUUAUCCUAGAAAGCAAUAACAUGUUUCAGGCCUAUCGAGUAGAUGUCACCGAGGCUCUGGAUUGCGGAGAUGAGCACGUUCUGGAGAUUGAAUUUGAUUGUGCGAUGCUGCGUGCCCAGGAACUUCGGAGACAGGACCCGAAACACAACUGGGCCUCUUUCAACGGGGAUCCCGCGAGGAUGAGCGUCAGAAAAGCUCAAUAUCAUUGGGGUUGGGACUGGGGCCCGGUCCUCAUGACGGCAGGUAUCUGGAGAGCAGUGAGAUUGGAAGUUUAUUCCACAAGGUUGGCAGAUCUCUGGGCGGAGAUCGAUCUGGACCCCACUCACAAGUUUGCUUCUGUUUCAGCAUUUGCAGAGCUUGACCUUGUUGAUCUUGAACCACCAUACAAGGUCAACUUCACCAUCACACUACAUGGAAAGCAAAUUGCUCAAGCAGAAGCCACACCCCAAGACGGCAGGGCAAAGGUAGAGUUCAGCAUAGACCAGCCUCGCCUUUGGUGGCCACACGGAUAUGGUGAUUCCACUCUUUACGAAAUUUCAGCUUCACUGAAGACCGAUCAACUUGAACUCCAUAGAGUUACCAAGAAGAUUGGAAUCAGGACUGCUGAAGUCGUGCAGCGGCCGGACAAGCACGGAAAAUCAUUCUUCUUCCGAAUUAACGGUGUGGAUAUAUUCUGCGGCGGGUCGUGCUGGAUUCCCGCAGACAACCUACUUCCGAACAUCACUCCGGAGCGAUAUCGAAAAUGGAUCGAGCUGAUGGUUGCCGGCCGCCAAGCCAUGAUCAGGGUAUGGGGCGGUGGUUGCUACGAAGACGAUUGUUUCUACGAGGCUUGCGAUGAGCUCGGUGUUUUAGUGUGGCAGGACUUCAUGUUCGGAUGUGGAAAUUAUCCAACCUGGCCCGAACUAUUGAAGUCUAUCGAACAAGAGGCGAUCUACAACGUCCGCCGCAUGCGCCAUCAUCCAUCCAUUGUAAUCUAUGUUGGUAAUAAUGAGGACUACCAAGUCCAGGAACAGGCCGGUCUCGAAUAUAACUACGAAGAUAAAAACCCUGAAAACUGGCUAAAGACAGACUUUCCCGCCAGAUACAUCUACGAAAAGCUGUUGCCGUCAGUGGUUGAGCGCUUUUCACCGAACACGUUCUACCACCCAGGUAGCCCUUGGGGUGACGGCAAAAUAACCUCCGAUCCUACAGUCGGCGAUAUGCACCAGUGGAAUGUUUGGCAUGGCACGCAGGAAAAAUAUCAAAUCUUCGAUACGCUAGGUGGCAGAUUCAAUAGCGAAUUCGGCAUGGAGGCUUUCCCGCACAUGUCAACGAUCGAAUACUUCGUCGAGAACGAAAAAGACAAAUACCCGCAAUCGCAUGUUCUUGAUUUCCAUAACAAGGCCGACGGACACGAACGUCGCAUCGCUACUUACCUUGUCGAGAACCUGCGAACUGCUACUGACCUCGAGACCUACAUCUACCUCACCCAGGUUGUGCAAGCCGAAACAAUGAUGUUCGGAUACCGUGGGUGGCGUCGCCAAUGGGGAGACGAAAGACACUGUGGCGGUGCACUACUCUGGCAGCUGAAUGAUUGCUGGCCAACAAUCUCUUGGGCCAUUGUAGACUACUUCCUGCGGCCCAAGCCCGCCUACUACGCUGUAGCCCGUGUAUUGAACCCAGUCGCCGUAGGUGUACGACGAGAACACCACGACUGGAGCAUCACACAUGCGCAGCCCCCAAAGACAAGCAAAUAUGAGCUCUGGGUAGUCAGCUCCUUACAGAAGGCCAUAUCCGGAAAGGUCGAGCUUCGAUUCCUCUCCGUGGACACUGGACGAGAGAUACGGGAGCGGAUUGUGCGAGAAAACGUCGACAUCGUGCCCAAUGGCACCACAAACAUCACCGACGGGAUCAUCGACCACACCAUUGAUACAGAACCUCACGUCCUCGCUGCUCGACUGUGGGUGGAUGAUAAAAUUGUUGCACGAGACGUGGAUUGGCCUCAGCCUUUCAAGUAUCUUGAUUUUGCGGAUCGUGGACUUGAGGUAAAGAGGGUUUCUGAAGCCUCUGAUCAGCAGGUGUUCCAAAUCAGCACCGAGAGGCCGGUCAAAUGCUUGGUAUUCGAGGAACGCGACGGUGUCAGAUUUAGCGAUAGCGCGAUGGAUAUUGUUCCUGGUGAUGUUCAGACAGUCACGGUCACAGGGCUGCGGGUGGAUGAGAAGUUGAAGUACAAAUUCCUUGGCCAGUGA